CUCAGAUAUUUUUUAAUAGCAUGAUCCCCACCAAGGCGUGGUCCAACCACAAUCAAAAUUAACCCUUAAGCUAAAACAAAAGUAAACAUUAACAAACACUAUACAAUCAAUAUACAUUAUGAUACAGUUACAAUCACAAUAAAAAUAACACUUUUAAAUACAGUAUAUCGUCCUAUACAAUAUUUGCAACCUAGGGCUCUGCCAUCUGACUUCUCUAAUCAGAUUUACAACUGGAAAGACCCAUCCUUAAGGCCUUUUGCACAGCGGAUGAUGGCACCUGUCUCCUGAGGAUUGCACAAGCAAGACUUGUGGGUUGGAAGCCUGUAGUAAAAGGGGACAGAUUGCCCAGGGCCUGAAGAAAUAAUGUGGGAGAGACCCAAGAGGCCUAGGGAAGUUUAGCUGGCAUCCUGAAGACCGAGAUAAUUAAAGGAGCAUUUCUUUCCUUUUUUGUUCAAAUUUCCUCUUUGGAGUUUUGAGAUCAUGUUAUAAGUGCUCUCAGAAAAUGGCUAUUGCAUAGCCCUGGGCAUGUGUACAUAUGUGUGUGUGUGUGUGUGUGUGUGUUUGUGUGUGAAUGUUUUCCAAUUUUCAAGCAGUUACCAGAGAGAGUAUGUGCAGUCACAAUAUACUCAGUUACUAGAAGGCAAAAUGAUGAGCUUGCUCCCUGUCAUUGCAUAUAAUCUUCAUUUUUUAAAUAAAAUGCUUGAUGCCACUCCCAUGUUUGUAUUCCUAUCUACUUCACCAUGUGGUUUUUUUUCCUUCCUGAAAUGCUAGUAGGGCUGUACCAUGAACCUGCUUUAUCUUUCUUUAACAGACAGAUAUGCACAGAAUAUGCAGAGCUUCAGAAGUAAUGAGGUUGCAUGCACAUAAUAGUUUUUGGGAUAGUGCUGAAUAAAUUCAACAAGAACAGUACAGUGACUAUGAAGUAUUAUUCUCAUCAUCAAAAGAUGGAUGCAACAGGAAAGGGAAAAUCUUAGAGGGAAAAAGCCACUAUCUGAUGCUGUGGGUGAGUGGACAGCUUAAAAGAUUUGGGCACACCUGGGAAUAGACUUGCAGAGACAAAUGGGUGCUAGAAAUUAUUUGAUGAGGAUACGCAGGAGUAUUCAGAUCAGUGCCAAAGGACAAGUUCUUACCAUCACCCAUCUUGAACUCAGAGGAUCAUCAGAGGCUGAUGGAAGCGACAGGCCACCUUCAGGAAACUGAGGCAACAGAACAACUCCUGGCACAGAUCCUCUGUUCUAUUCUCCAUUCUGUUUAUGGUCCCAAAAAGAAUGGGACUUGAGAGCCUUAUGUAAUAGAAAAUUACUUAUAACUGCCUUAGAAUUAAGGACGUUACAAAUUAAUAUUCUUCACCAGCUUUGAAAGUGAUCUAUAAGUGCAUCUUUACACUUUACAAUUUCUUGGUAAACCCUGUACCUUUACAAUGGCUUGAUAAACCAUGGCCUAGCGUGAAAAACCCAGCUGGUGUGUGCCCUUAGAGGUUGCAAUACUGGGGUUACUUCUGAGAAGUGUGCAAUAGCAACUUCCAUCUGUAGCUGAAAUCUAGGCCGUACACAGUAGUUCGUUCAACGACACACGGUUAAAACAAGGUAUGGCUUCGUGUGAUGCGUGACGACUGUCUUAGCCAGGCGUAUCAGUUGCUUCGGAAUGGCCACCCGCUGCAGUCUUGAAAGCAAAGGGUCCGCUUGUCUUCGUCGCCCAUCUCCAAUUCGGGCACAGGAUGGUAACCUGAGGACCGGCCACUUGAGCGACUCGCCCUUCCUCCGAGGAAGAGGCAUAGCAGGGGGACAGACAGAGAUCCCGAGAACAGGUGCCAAAGCAAUCCCAGCCUCGCGGGCGAGGUCAGGAUCCCACGUCUGAGCGAGCGCCUGCUGCUGUUUCCGGCCGCUCCCUAGUGAGGCUGCGCGCUGGAUGCCGAAUGGCUGAGGCGCCUGCUCUGCUCAUUCUAGCGACUGCGGGCGGACCGACUCGAGCCCGGGGAAAAUCCGAUCCCCGCCUUGCUGUCACCGGAGUCCUGCAGCGCCAUGGUUUCCUGGAUCAUCUCCAGGCUAGUGGUGUUAAUAUUUGGCACUCUUUAUCCUGCCUAUUACUCUUACAAAGCUGUAAAAUCAAAGGAUAUUAAAGAAUAUGUGAAAUGGAUGAUGUAUUGGAUCAUAUUUGCACUCUUCACAACAGCAGAGACAUUCACAGACAUUUUUCUUUGCUGGUUCCCAUUUUAUUAUGAACUCAAAAUAGCCUUUGUAGCUUGGUUAUUGUCUCCAUACACAAAAGGCUCCAGUCUUUUAUAUAGGAAAUUUGUACAUCCAACUUUAUCUUCAAAAGAAAAGGAAAUAGAUGAUUGCCUAGUCCAAGCAAAAGAUCGCAGCUAUGAUGCCCUGGUGCAUUUUGGGAAACGGGGGCUAAAUGUUGCAGCCACAGCUGCUGUAAUGGCAGCUUCCAAGGGUCAAGGAGCGCUAUCAGAGAGGCUCCGGAGUUUUAGCAUGCAAGACCUUACCACAAUUAGAGGAGAGAGCAGCAGCACUGCAGUUCCACCUUCUCCUGCCCCAUCAGUUUCUGCACGGGCAAGUAGCAAGCAGAGUCAGCCCAAAGCUCCCAAAACUGCAUCAGACAGUAUUGGACGUUCAGGUUAGUGGGAGUUGCCUGCAGACUUAAGUAAUAACUUUUCCUCUUAUCAUCAGUUAU